CUAUUUUAAUGGGUCCUAGAAAUCCCUCUCCUGAUCCCUUAUCAGAAUCAGAAAGUGAGGAAGAAGAAAACACUAACUACCUAAAUGAGAGUUCUGGGGAAGAGUGGGAUUCCUCUGAAGAAGAGGACCCUGUGGUGCCCAACCUAACACCUCUUGAGAGUCUUGCCUGGCAGGUUAAGUGCCUUUUAAAAUACUCUACAACUUGGAAACCUUUAAAUCCUAAUUCCUGGUUAUAUCAUGCUAAACUCCUGGAUGCUAGCACACCAGUCCAUAUACUUCGAGAGAUAGGUCUGAGACUCUCUCAUUGCUCCCAUUGUGUACCCAGACUGGAACCAAUUCCUGAAUGGCCUCCUCUGGCUUCUUGUGGAGUACCACCUUUUCAAAAGCCCCUUCUAAGUCCCAGCCGGCUUUCUAGAGAGCAUGCCACUCUAAAUGGAGCGCUGCAGUUUGCCACCAAACAGUUGAGUCGAACAUUGAGUAGAGCCACCCCCAUACCUGAAUACCUAAAACAGAUUCCUAAUUCCUGUGUUUCUGGUUGUUGCUGUGGCUGGUUAACUAAAACAGUUAAGGAAACAACCCGCACUGAACCCAUCAACACUACUUAUUCCUACACUGACUUCCAAAAGGCAGUUAACAAACUCCUAACUGCAUCACUAUAAAAAACCCACUCACCAUUCUCAUCUCACGUUCCCAGUUGAGAAAGGAACACAGUUACACAGCCCACAGUUGAGAAACAAAUGUCUUCUCAGCCCAACUAUCCCCUGUCUUCAGAAGCCAAAGUACCGUCCAGUACUAAAUACAUACCCUAAGAGUCCUGUAACUCAACUACAAAAGAUGUGCAGUGCAAGCAUUCCCUUUGAAAGACUCUGUGGAUGAGAAGAGAACUUCAAUAGAGAAUUAGUUAAAAGGGACCUUUUUACAAAAAAAUUGUUGACUACUCUCCUCACCCAGUUCUCCCAACAAUUUACUCUGCUUGUCUAAUGGACUUAACUAGAUACCUAAUUAUCAAUGGGAAGGAAAAGUAGGCCACUAUCCCACUGGUUACCCAACCUUCAGAAUAGCCAUUGUGGAAACUGGUAAAUUAGCUACUGCUAAUAACACCUUUCUGAGCAUACUUUUCUCUAAUACUCAUUUUCAGAGAGGUUUUUGAUUUAAAUAGAAUAACUGGACAAAAGAAAAUGGUAGGACUAUGGGUUUAACUCCCAGUUUU